CAUAAAGCAGUAUCUUCAAUCUAUGAAUUCAAGGCCUUGUCCACGACACCAAUUAUCUAUGUUUAUUCUAAAUCUAACAGAAUUGGUUCAAAUCAUUGGAUAUUCCAUGUAUCAUAGGCCAAUAAGAUGAUGACGAUACCAGAGGACCAACAGAGGAACUACGAGAUAUUCCGAGAUUGUCUCUCGACAGCGCUCAUAGAGAAGAUCUCACAACCAGAACCAAAAACGAAGCGAAAGUUCAGAUCGAAAAAGCAUUCCACCGGAUCGCCAGUACAAAGCAGAAACGCCACGACAACACCACACCUAGGAGUAGAUGCAAAGGCACAGACGGAAGCAAAGGCACAAAUAGAAGCAGAAGUAGAAGCAGAUCCAGACCUCAGCAACGCAGAUUCCCUCGCCGACUUCGCAGAUUACAUCGCAGCCGAAACAUUCCCCGCGCUCCCUGCCGAGCUCAAAACCCUCGACUACUACUCUUACGUCAAAGAUACGGAUCUACAAUCGCGGUACGCCCUUCCAUUGACUGGCUUCGACACCCCGCUACUGCUCCCCUCCCUCGACCCCUCCGUCGCCGACUCCCUGUCCGCGUACGCGAUAACCAGUGAGCCCACCCAGGGCGUCGACGAGUUCCUCGCUCCGAUCUUGACUUCCUAUCUUACCUCCCUAUCUACGCCGCCUCCAGCCCCGCGCGCAACAUUGAGAGAAGCGGAGGGUUGCGAAUUGUGUGGUAGGGAUUGGAUUAAUCUUUCGUACCAUCAUUUGAUACCGCGAUACGUCCAUGCGAAAGCGGUAAGGCGCGGUUGGCAUCGAGAGGAAGAUUUGCAGAACGUGGCGUGGCUGUGCGGCGCGUGUCAUCGAUUCGUGCAUCGGUUCGCGGGGCAUGAGGAGUUGGCGCGGAAAUAUUAUACAGUGGAGUUGUUGAUGGAGGAGGAGGGGGUGAAGAGGUGGGUUGAUUGGGUGGGGAGGUUGAGAUGGAAGGGGAGGUGAUUUUUUUUUUUGAUUUUGUAAGAAGGUUAAGAGGCGAAGCGAUAUCAUCAGCAUUCGACUUCACGUACCCAGAAAGAAACUAGGUGACAAAAGAGAUAUAUAACUACCUAGAAGGUAAGGACGGCUACGUAUUGCUAUUCCUAUUACCUCCUCGAACUCAUUCAUACAAUUCAAGCCUCAUCCAUAUCUCAUAUGCUCGUACAUAAAUGAGAUAUCGUCAUUAGGAGGCUGCUAAUCAAAUUCCGC